GUGAUUAAAACCGGAAGUGCUUCUGCUUCUUGAUGCACAACUGACAUUCACACAACAAACAUCGAACGAUGGCUCCUCGAAGUAGAAAUCGUGUUUUUGUCAUCGGCGUCGGCAUGACGAAGUUUGACAAGCCUGGAGCUCGAGGCGACUAUGACUACCCUGACAUGGCCAAGGAAGCGGGUGAAAAGGCUCUUGCAGAUGCAGGAAUCCCAUACUCUGCAAUUGAACAAGCCUGUGUGGGAUAUGUCUACGGGGACUCCACAUGUGGGCAGAGGGCCAUUUACCACAGCCUGGGCCUGACCGGCAUCCCCAUCAUUAACGUCAAUAAUAAUUGCUCCACUGGCUCCACUGCCCUCUACAUGGCACGACAGCUGAUCCAAGGAGGUCUUUCUGACUGUGUGCUUGCACUUGGAUUUGAGAAGAUGGAGAGGGGCUCUUUGUCCGCAAAGUUCCUGGAUAGGACCAAUCCCAUGGACAAGCACAUGGAGGUGAUGAUCAACCGUUACGGCAUGGUGGCCGCUCCGGCAGCUGCGCAGAUGUUCGGUAACGCCGGCAGGGAGCACAUGGAAAAAUACGGCACAAAACCCGAGCAUUUUGCCAAAAUCGCCUGGAAAAACCACAAACAUUCCACCAACAACCCAUAUUCUCAGUUCCAAGAUGAGUACACGUUGGAGCAGGUAAUGAAGUCUAGAAAGGUGUUUGAGUAUUUGACACUCCUGCAGUGCUGCCCUACAUCAGAUGGCGCUGGUGCUGUGAUUUUGGCAAGUGAGGAUUUUGUUCGGCGGCACCAUCUGGAGAAGCAAGCGGUGGAGAUUCUGGCCCAAGAGAUGGUGACUGACCUUACAACUACAUUUGAUGAAAACAGCUGCAUUAAGAUGGUGGGUUACGACAUGUCACGGCUGGCGGCCAAAAAGUGCUUUGAAGCAUCAGGUCUGCAGCCUGCUGAUGUUGACGUCGUGGAGCUGCACGACUGCUUCUCUGCCAACGAGCUAAUCACCUACGAGGCACUGGGACUCUGCCCUGAAGGCAAAGGAGCAGAGCUGAUUGACAGGGGGGAUAACACGUACGGCGGCAAGUAUGUGAUCAACCCCAGUGGCGGUCUCAUCUCCAAAGGACAUCCUUUAGGAGCUACGGGCCUGGCGCAGUGUGCUGAGCUCUGCUGGCAGCUCAGAGGUCAGGCUGACAAGAGGCAAGUCCCUGGGGCUAAAGUAGCCUUGCAGCACAACAUUGGCUUAGGAGGAGCAGUUGUGGUCGCGCUUUACAGAAUGGGAUUCCCGCAGGAGCCCAGGUUCCACGUCCGCGCGGUAGCCACAAGUGCGAGCAACGGCUUGGAGGGCUUUAAAUCAUAUGCUGUCUUCAAGGAGAUUGAAAAACAUCUGCAAGAGGAAGGAGCAAAGCUCGUCAAGAAGAUUGGCGGCGUCUUUGCUUUUCAAGUGAAAGACGGACCUGAGGGGAAAGAGGCGACCUGGUUUGUGGAUGUGAAAAAUGGCAAUGGCUGCGUCACCAACGAAUCGGGUACUAAGGCUGAUUGCACCUUGACCAUGAGUGAUCAAGAUCUUCUGGAUGUGAUGACAGGAAAACUGAACGCUCAAACGGCAUUUUUUAAGGGCAAGCUGAAGAUUGCUGGGAAUAUGGGCAUGGCCAUGAAGCUGCAGACCCUUCAGGUGGCACCAGCAAAGGCCAAGCUGUGAUUUCCGGGAUGCGAAUGAAGCUUUCGCUUUGGUCUUUAAAUCAUUUCUGACAGACGUCAGUGCCGAUAAGAUCAAAUAUUGCCGAUUCUGCACGCCUCACCUGAAUAUGUCCUUCUGCUCUAAAGCAUUAAUGUGAACCUGCGAUAUAAGUAUAUACAGUAGGUAUGUGUGUGAGAAUGUGUAUUUAUGAAUAUAUAUAUACACACACACACGUACAGUGUCUAUGCUAAACAAAUUCUUGAAUGAGUUCAUACAGUGUAAUUGUUUCUGAAAUGACAUAAUGGAGGAAGAAUGAAAGAAGUGGAGAUGCUGUGGAGCACAUAAAGCGCUGCAUUUUUUUUCUGUACAGAAAAAAAACGUUGAGAUAUGGAAGGUAUUGCGGUUUACCUUGACAUGCACACAAAGCCGCAUGACUCCUUGACAAGAUGAUCUUGAAAUAGAGCAACUUAAAACAACCCUUUUUUUUUAACCAUCAGAAAAUGAAACUACUCAUUAAUCCAAGUGUUAAAAGAUGAAUUAACCUAUUCAUUUUAACCAAUGCGAUUAAACACAAUUGCCUUCUGUAAUUUCUCUUUUGUCCUGAAGAUUAAGUGAAACAUCAUGAUCAUUUGAAGAACGGUUUAUAGCACAACGUUCAGCUGCACAAUGUGUUUAUUAAAUAGCAGAAAGUU